UUUUCUUCUUUUUUGUAACAGAAGUUGAUGAAACUCAUUGCAUAUGAGGGUGCAUUUACAGAUCACAGUGGGGAUCACAGUAAGUAAAUUAGUGUGACAUUUGUCAUUACACGAAACUUAAAAUUUCAAGUUCGAUCAGUUUGGAGAAUAACAAUGAGGAAGUAUGACCACUCAGAACGUUCAUAUACGGAAAUUAAAUGUAGUACACACAGACAACUUAAAGAACAAACUCAAGAGUCGCGCGGAUGAAAAUUCAAAAGCUUCGGAUCGUCAAUUUGCUGGUGACCAUGCUCGCAUUCAAGUGCAAGGUAAAGUUAUCGAAAAUAUCAUUGAAAGGGUAAAAAAUAAUCCAAUAAGCUCUCGACUAGCAUUGCGGGACCAUGAACAUAACGUUACCAAGCAGACAGAUCGUCAAAACUGUAAACGGGUCAAUUCCCAAUCAUGCAAUGAUGCGGUAAUUAAUAUGAAUGAAAUUUCUAAGCCAUCCCAACCUCCGAAGCUGCACAAUCCCAAUGCAAAAGAUACAGAAGGGGAUUACGAAAUAUUCUCCAUAAAAUCAAGGGGGCACUCUAAGCCGUAUUCUCCAAAGGCGACUACCAGUAAACUGGUUCAGACGUCUAGUUCCAAACUAAAGCACAGAAAGGAGAGCAAGUCCAAACAGAUUGAAGAGCUGAAAAGUCAAUUGCAGGCGAUUGUUAGUCAAAAAGAUAAGGGGAAGAAGGAAAUUUAUAUAAUCACUGGGUCUCAUGCGCCAUUUAAACUUGACUCGUCAUCAAAUGAGGAUGCCAACAAUUAUUUGCCCUUAGAAUAUAAAUCGGAAGGUCACGAUCCGAAUUCGAAACUACGCAAAGAUAGCGAGACGCAAAAUGUGAACCGGUUGGAUGGAAAAAAGCCCCAGGAAGAGGUCAACGUAUUGUCCAUGUUAAAUCGGGGAGAUCUCGAGAGCCGUGGAGUUAGUUCUGGAGGGGUUGCCUGCAUUUCGACCGCAAGUCAAACGCGCAGACGAAAAAUUCCCCUUACUAGUAGCGAGUAUAUUAAUUUGUCCGAACCGAGGAGGAAAGAGAAGGAUUUCCCAAAAGUGAUAUCCACCAAGUUGAGGUCUAAAGAACAUAGAUGCAAGCGGAGCGAUUCGGCAAUUGGAGAAAAACAGAGAUGUGUGGACGAAAGUGGGAGAAAACAUAAACGUGCGAAGCAUCGAGAAAGUAGGAGGAUUUUAGGUGUUCUUAGUGGUAACGAAGUCUAUAAGAAAAGGAAUAGAAUGCUAGACGAUAUAGAGACGGCAUACUUAAAGCAUAAACAUGUACUGCCUAAAGAAGCGGCGGAAGCUUUGGAAAGAAAUAUACAGAAGUGGAAAGCUAUGAAUACCGAGAUUUAUAAGUCUAGUGAACAACACUCUCAUGUUUUAGACUUAGAGAAGGUGUUAAGAAAAAAUCGAACCAAUGAAGAGAACACGAAGUCACCACAUGCGAUAAACAAACCGAACGAUUUAAUUCUUAUGAAUGCGAUUGUAACGGGAAUGAGCGACGUUAAUUGCAAGAAGGAUACGAUGCACAUUAAUAAGAUUCCAAAGUUUGUACGAUUAGAAGGAAUACAAGAGCAGGCGGUGGCAACUGGAAGUGCAAGUAAUAACGGCGAAGGGCAGCACUUGAUAAUCCCUAAUGACGUAGUUUGCGUUUGUCCAGAUCAAGAGAUGAGACUGGAGGUUAGUUUUUCUCAUCUAAAUGUAAAACCAGUUGUCAAAGUACGCUCGUCGCUUGAAUCCCAAUUAAAUUCACCAAACACGUUGCUCCCAGCAUCAAGGAGCCCCAUCGACAACUUUAUCGCAGAUAGUGAGUUAAAGUGUCUUCGUCCGAACCAACAGAUUUCACUCGUUAGCGGAGGUCUUAGUUUUAACGUGGAUGGUGUUGAACCGCCAAAAAAACAAAAAUCUCACAUUCCCUCAGCAUACGUGCCUAAGAAGAACAACUUUUCCGGGUUCAAAAAGCUAGAAUCUGUAACGUUACCAAUAAUGGAGGUACGUAAUAUUAACGCACCAGAUUGCAAUAAUCCACUCAAGUCGUCUUCCAAACCAUGCAGAAGCAGUCGUGCGCAAACUCGUAAAAAGGAAAGUCAAAAAGUGCGCAAAUCUUCAAAAUCUUCAGCGUCCAGCUCGGAGUCGACGCUUCAAUUGACGCACAUUCUUGAUGAACAUGCAGAUACGUCGUGCGCACCUGAGAGCAGAAACCAGGACGAGUUGCGACAUUUGUUUAAGUCCGACCAAGAUGCAAUUGCAGCGUUGAAGUACUUACCUCCAAAACGUAGAGAGGUGCAAGACCCUCCGAAGGCGAGGAGAAGUAGAAAAUUGCGUAAAACUGUCGUAUCCGUUUUCGAAAUAAAACCUACGCAGCUGGUAUCAUCAGUUAUAAGUGUCGGAGGAAAUGAACGUGCUUCAAAAGAAACAGAGCUAUUGUUUAAGUCAUCGGAUGGCGAAGCGUCCUCGUCGAAUAUGAGAGGCGAGAUUUCGAAACUGAGUCUUAGUGACUCAUUUCAGUCUAAUGGCAAGGUAAGAAAAGGGAAUGAUGGUAUUAAUGCAGGGGUACGUAGUCCUAUGGGGAAAUCACAAAACACGGGGAAGAUGAAAAGAGAUCGGCCCGCGACUAGCAGGGAGAAUGCGAAGGAAAGACGAAUUUCGUGCCCAAGUGAAAUGUGGGGUAGUAAACGUCCACUUAGCCUGUCCGGUGUGUCUACUUCAAGUGGAGUUUCACUCAAUUCAGAGAAUGACCACUUAGAGACCAACGGACCAAUGGCAGCUGAACACAUAACGCUUCCGGUGGAGAUUACAAGUACCGCUUUGACCAAAAUUACCGAAGAAACCGUUUCCCAAGACACCUUUGAAAGUUCGGAUCUAAGCAUUGCGGCGACAAAGUCAGCCGGCGGCAAAAUACAGAAGAGGAAUUGUGGAGAAAUUUGUUCGGAACUAAACGUCAGCGGAAGGGAGAAGGGAAAAUAUAAAUCUAAAGAUAUUAGCCCACCGUCAACGUCUCACUCUAACCAACCACUAACUGCAAUAGAUGGUCGAGAUAACAAAAAACCCAAAGGAACCGGUGUCCCAAUUCUCACUAAUGUUGCCGAAAAUAAGGCUAAAUAUUCAAUGAGCGGCGCAAGGAGUCUGCAAGAUGAAGAAAUUCGUCGAUUAACGGAAACUGUUAAAAACAGUAUCCUAAAUGAGAUUCAGGCGAUGAAUAUGGCGAACAUGAAUAACUUAAUGCAGCUCAUCCUGAAGACCAAAUCAAGCAAUAGUAGAUCGGGAUCGAGUCUGAAAUUAGCUCAGAGUACCACUAGUGAAAGACAAACUAACGGAAACCGUAACGUUAUUAGAGAAGGCAAAAAGCCACAAUGUGAAAUUAAGAACCCAUUUAACGCCCACCAACAAGUAGUUAUAGUACAUAGUUGCAGUACAACUCAAGAAUCCAAUCUAAUAAAUACUAAGCGGGUCCCCUCUGCAGUGUCACUAGGCAAUACCUCGACAAGGUAUCAACGGAGUUGCAGUAAAAUUCCAAAAAGUAUCAGAAAUCCCAUCAUCAGAAGCGGUUCCGCUGUGAGAUCACCGAGGAUCUCAAAUAAUGAAAGACUUUGCUCAAAGUCGGUCACUAGCGACACAAAAACUAGCUUGACGAGUGGCUUCAAAGAAACUUCAACGGCUAAACUUGCCAAAGAUGGUAAAAGCUUGAGCAAAUUUGAAAAAAGAAAAUUAUAUGACGAUGCCCUUCGCCUGAAGUGCGCCAAGCCAAAGAAGGACGAUGUACCUGUUGCAAUUUUUCACCAUCAGGGUGUUAAUAGCGUGUCAAAUUUGUCGAUAAGCCCGGAAAAUAUGGACAAAAACGAUGGUGAUCUUGGUUUCGACCAUCAAGCUCAGAUGCAACCCCAAAAGCGUGCUGAGGAUGACGAGAACGUUAAGCCAAGUAUUUCAAAACAAUCCAGCCAGCCCCAAGUGCCAUUGGAAGUAACGGAAGUGACAAAAUCGGACGAAAGGGAAAAUAUCUAUCAAACAUUUACAGUUAUGGCUAGUCAUCCUAAUCUAACAGAAGUUUUUAAGGAAAAAUUGGAAAAAUCGUCUUUUUCGGGUUCGAGGCCUAUCGUAGGCAAAGAAAGCUUUCAUUACCCAUUGAAGAAAGUGGAAAGUUUAUUUCAUUACAACAGAAGGAAGACGAAAAUUGACGACUGGGAAAAUUCCUUAGACAUUAACAGUAGCCUAAAAAAGUUGUCGCGGGAUUUACUGGAUGCAAGGAAGUACAAGCCACUUGAUUGCAUACUUCCUAAUAAUAAUCUGUGUAAUAUGUACAGUCAAAGCGCUAGCAGUAUUGAAUCGUCCAAAAAUAAAUGCUAUAGAAGCAGAAACAAUGCAGCAUACACCAAGUGCAACGGAAGAGAACGUAGCACAGGCAUUCAGAGAAACGACUUUACCAUUCAGUUUCCCACGAAAUUGGAAAAAAAGCAAAGAGGAAAUUACUUAAUUUUUAAAAUCGACCAAAAUUUGCAAAAGCGAGCUGCAUCGGCAACUAGCGAAUCAUACAAAAUGUUCAUGAAUAACCGCGACACAUCAAAUACAGGUGCCUCGUUAAUUGUACGUUCAAAGGAAUCUUUUUUAGUAAAGGCCGCGCCACUUUCAGAAAGUGGAUACGGAAGUGUUAAUGAUAAAGAAGAUCGACAUACGUCCAGUGCUAGCGAUAUACAAAGUAAACCAUCUGUCUCGACGAUUUUAUCUGCGACCAACAACAGGGUAGAUCAUCAUCGCGAUAUUGACAAAUUUCCAGGCAAAGAAAUUCAUUUCGACGAAAAGUCAAGUCAGACUGAUUGCAAACACAGGGACAAAAGCGAACGAGAGCAAAGAAAGAUUUUGCGAUACAUUCAGUCUUCGUAUACCUUGAAAGACCUUAUUCUCUCGGACUCUUCUUUUCACGCGAGCGUCGCCGACUUCGUAGAGCAAAGGGUGUCAGAAGAUCACAUAAGGCCGAUCAUAGAAAAAUCCUUGCACGAUUUCUUAAGUCGUAUGGAGGUUAGAAAAGGACUUCGGCCGGAUACCUUAAAAUGCUGCGAAACGGAUUCGUUGCAGAUUAUCAACGCCCCAUCGAUUUCCGAUUCAAUCACACCAGAUCCAACCAACAAAGUGAUCCAACCCGUUACAAGUAAAAGUGAUACUUUGAGUGAUCCUGCGAAAUUAUCUCCUGCGAUUGAAUCUGUGCUAAUUUCGAAAUCGCCAAUUAGAGUGUUUCUCAAUUUAACUGAGACCAAUCAUGAUUUCAAAGUACUUGAAAAGGAUCAAGCCGAAGGAUGCGAGGUCGAAAAAGAAGAUCGCAACAAACGAUUGGAGACAGGAAAGCAAUCCUGCCAUCGACUAGGCGGACUUGAUCCCUCUGAAAGGGCGUCUUUAGACAUGUUUGGUAAAGUCCUUCAGCUGUAUGAAAAACAAGAGCAAAUGGUCGAGGAUUUUUUUACCUCCGUGGAUCUUGUACCUUCUCAAUUUGAUUCGGCAGAUGGCAGUAACACUUCUCUGUCCCGCCACAAAAGUAGAUCGUCAAUAUUAAGCGUGCUCAAGUCGAAAAUGUCUAGGGUAUUUAAAAUUCGUGAAAAACAAAAUAAUGUUUCCAGAGUACUAACGGCGACAGGGGACGGGAUAAAGGAGGUUGAAAAUUAUUCCGUCAGCAUACGGAAACCCUUGUCGGAGCUUUGUACAGCUGCUGGUAACUGCAGUGAUGAAGAAUUUGAAAGCCAACUACCAAGCAUCAUUGCAAAUGCAAAAGCUUGGAUCGAGGAGGUGAACUCGGUGCAUGGAAUUCUUGCACAAUUGCUUCAAUGUAAGCAUGCACUUAAAACCACCCAGUAUUUUGUACCUUUGCUCGAAGCUGUUGCAAAUAACCGCGUUACCAGUCUGAUUCAGCUUCACGCUUUAUUAAAGAUGCUGGAGAGCGUAGAAGUUGGUAGCAUCCCAGACUCUGAACAGCGUGGUCGACUUCAAAAGCGUUUUGGCAGUAUCCAUCAUACUGCGGAAACAGAAGCAAAAUUGCAAGAGAAAGUUUUAGGCAACAAGGCGUUAAUGCUUUUAAAAAUUCUCGCGAUCAAAUUUGAAGCAGUAGAAGAGCACCACGCCAUUAAAAUAUCGAGAUGCAUCGGUAGAGGUUUAAUUGCUAAUGAGCUCGGCCUUGAAGCUGCAAUGGCGUACUUUGCGAAGAUGCACAUUUUCAAAGACUUUCAAAAUUAAAACAAACAGCUUUAUUAGUAUAGAAA